CUUACUCUGUCAAUUCUCAUAUCUAUACAUAGCCACCUCUUACACUGCGUCAGUGAGCCUUGCACCAUGCGUCCUGCUGGCAUCGCCGCCUGCCUUCUGGUGGUGUUGAUGCCCAUGUUAGCCACUACAGAGUGGACACCUGAAGAAAUGUGCAGUACAAAAUAUAAAGAUCCAUGUAGAAAAGACAUGGGUAAAGGCUGGUACCAUAUGGGUCCAAACCGCUGUGUGAAGGCCUUCUUCCACAACGCCCACCUCAGUUUUGAUGACGCAGAGACAACCUGUCAAAAGUUACCGAGUGGACAUCUGGUGUCAAUCAAGAGCCCUAUAGAGCUGUCUAUAGUGCAAUGUGCCAUGUACAGAGAAACACCUGGAAAAGCUCAUUACUGGAUCGGCCUGAAAAGGCAGAUGACCAAACAGAGUGAUAAUCAAUUUAUCUGGACUGAUGGAAGUGGACCUAUGUUAGGAUUCUCCUAUUGGGCUAAUAAACAACCAGACAACUUCCUAUGGAGAGAGCACUGCGUUGAGAUGAACUACUGGAGCUGGGGACUCUGGAACGAUGAGCAAUGUUAUCUGGCGAGGCCUUAUGUGUGUUCAAUAAAAGUCUAGUUCAGCAUAAACUUGAAGAGCUGCAGGUGUACCUGUCUGCUUUCACAUCUAUAGAAAUAAAUAUUCAGCAUCAACAUGUCAUGCAUCCUGUUUCUUUUCUGUUUGUACAACCAAUGAUCCCUCUGCCUUCAUGUUAGCAACAGAGCACAAAGCUUCAUGGUGUUACUACGUCAGGACUAACUGAAGGCAGAAUAUGGACUAAAACUAAAACUGGAAAACAAGGAUUUUACGUAGAUUGAACUUGAUAGUUUGAUGUACAAAGUCAUGCUGU